AUGUCACGAUUCGUGCGCUCUUCAAAGUACCGUCACGUCUUUGGUAGACCGACGAAAAAGGAACAAUGCUACGAUAAUCUCCAUAUCUCUAAGAAUGCUUGGGAUAGCAACUUAAUCAAAGCGAAUCCGAAAUACCUUUCCGUCAACUGGGAAUCCGGCGGUGGAGGCGCAUUUGCCGUUAUCCCUCAUGGUGAGAGGGGAAAGCUGCCAGACCAGUUCCCUCUUUUCCGUGGCCAUACUGCUGCUGUACUGGAUACUGACUGGAACCCGUUUCAUGACGAUAUUGUCGUUUCCGCCAGUGACGAUGCCAAAAUAUUCGUCUGGAAGGUGCCUGAGGACUUCACCGUCCACGUUGAUGAAGAAGAGCUUCCUUCCAAGGAGGUGAAGCCUGAAGCCCGUCUCAGCGGCCAUCAGAAGAAAGUUGGACAUGUUCUCUUCCACCCUGCUGCUGAGCAUGUCCUAGCCUCAAGCUCCGGUGACUUCACUGUGAAGAUCUGGGAUAUUGUUACCGGUCAAGCCAAACUAACCUUGAGGCAUCCCGAAGUCAUCCAAAGUAUGGCAUUCAACGCCGAUGGUUCAGUCCUUGCUACCACCAACCGUGAUAAGAAGUUGCGCCUUUGGGAUCUUCGUCAACAGGCCCCUGUUUAUGAAGGAGCAGGCCAUGCUGGGGCCAAAAACUCGAGAGCAGUCUGGCUCGGUGACUUGGACCGUAUUGCGACAACUGGUUUCUCUAAAAUGAGUGACCGUCAACUUGGUCUCUGGGAUAUUAGAAAUCCUGGAGAGCCAAUUGGUGGGUUUCAAUUGCUCGACUCCAUGUCAGGUGUCUGCAUGCCUUUCUGGGAUGAUGGUACCAAGUGCUUGUAUCUUGCUGGCAAGGGCGAUGGUAACAUCCGAUACUACGAGUACUCCAACGACGACUUCGUAUUCUUGUCGGAAUACAAGUCUUCCGAUCCUCAGAGGGGUGUCGCUUUCGUUCCAAAGCGCGGUGUUGAUGUCAAAGAGAAUGAAGUCAUGAGGGGUUAUAAGACUGUUAAUGAUCUCUACAUCGAGCCAAUCUCUUUCAUAGUUCCUCGAAGAGCUGAGACUUUCCAAGAUGAUAUCUACCCAGAUACCCAGAGCGGGAAACCCGGUCUUACUGGUGACGAAUGGUUUGGUGGAAAGAACGCCCUCCCUCCAACCUUCAGCCUCGGCACGCUGUACUCGGACGACUAUGUCCCCCCAGAACCUUCAGCUACCCCGCUUGUGAAGCAUGAACCCGUCUUUUCCCCAACCACCCCAAUCACACCAGUUAUUGCCAAGGAACCAGAACCUCCAGCACCGGAGCCGGUCGCUGAGGCGACUCCUGAGCCAGAGACACCAACUGUUGUCGUCGAAGCUCCAAAGGAAACUCCAGUUCCAGCCCCAAUCGUAACCAUUUCUCCACCGGAGUCUUCUCCCGCACCAGCAGGGCCAACUGUUAGUGUGCAGGACCUUAAUGGCGUCCUCUCUAACCUUCAGCUCCUCCACCACAACCUAGCAGCUCAAUCUCGCACGAUCGCCCAACAACAGGAUAUCUGUUCCAAAUUGAUCAAAGAAGUUGAAGCGCUGAAGGCUAAAACUAAGUAA